AUGUUCGUAAGUAACCCUUCUGCAAUCUGGCCUCCUCUUUUUUGACACAGGAACGCAGAGAAGGAGACGGAGAGAUUUUAAUCCAUGGCUGGAAAUCAAGAGGAGCUUGACGGAGUACUCCUUUACUACAAAUAUGCAUCCGUUCCUGACGUUCAAGAACUCGCUAACUUUUACGAGUCGAACUGCAAAUCACUCGGUCUACUUGGUCGAGUUCGUCUGGCUCCAGAUGGCGUCAAUGUCACUGUUGGUGGAAAGUUAUCCUCAUUGGAGAAGCAUAUUGCCAUGGUCAAAUUGAAUCACUUAUUUGAGGGAACUGAUUUCAAGCUUGCAUCUUGCCAUUGCCCUACAAAUAACAGGAUUGCUAAAGAAUGUGGAUUCACAUCUCUUUCGAUUCGAGUUGUCAAGGAGCUGGUUACCUUUAGUUCUCAUCCUUUAUUCAAAUCACCGACUAUUUCAAAUGCUGGGAAGCAUCUCUCUGCAGUUGAGUUUCAUUCUGUUCUUGAGAAGGCUGGUAAUACUUUUGAAAAUGAGGGCUCUGUACAUCAAAAAAAAUUUCUUCUGUUGGAUGCAAGGAAUUUAUACGAGACAAGAAUUGGGAAAUUUCAAACUCCAAAUGUGGAAACUCUAGACCCAAAGAUCAGACAGUAUAGUGAUUUACCUGCUUGGAUAGAUAAUCACUCUGAGCAUUUGCAAGGCAACUAUGUUCUCAUGUAUUGCACUGGAGGAAUAAGGUGUGAGAUGGCAUCAUCCUAUAUCAGGUCAAAAGGUGUUGGUUUUGAGAAUGUCUUUCAGUUGUUUGGUGGGAUACAACGGUAUUUGGAGCAAUUUCCAGAUGGUGGUUUUUUUAAGGGAAAGAAUUUUGUUUAUGAUCACAGAAUUUCUGUUGGAAGCUCAGAUAAAGACAUUAUUGGAUCAUGCCUACUCUGUGGUUCUCCUUAUGAUGAUUAUUCAUCAAGAUGCAGAUGCACUUAUUGUCGGAUGUUGGUUUUGGUGUGUGGCAGUUGCCAGAUGGCUGGUGCAACAUAUGUUUGUGAGCUAUGCCAGAAGAAUGGUAAGGGAGGUUGCUCAAAAACAGAAUCAAUGUAUGACAAUGCUGACGCUGUUGAGCUUGAACUUUCCACCUCAUCUCAACAUACAACAUCCUUUCCUGAACUCUCUAGCAGACAUGGAAUCAGGCCUUCAAGACGUCUCCGAAUCUUGUGUUUGCAUGGGUUUCGGCAGAGUGCAUCAAAUUUUAAGGGAAGAACUGCAUCAUUAGCCAAGAAACUUAAAAAAAUUGCAGAGCUUGUUUUUGUUGAUGCACCCUAUGAAUUGCCUUUAAUAUAUCGACCUCGUCCAACUGAACCGUGUGAUAAUUCUGUAGCACUAGAAUUACAACAAAGCCCUCCACCAGCAGAAUCAUGCAAGAAAAAGUAUGCUUGGUUAGUUGCACCCGAGUUCAAUGGCUCAGGGGGAAUAGCAGUUUGGAAAAUUGCAGAUGAACCAUUCAAUCCACUGCAAUACCAGCAACAAAUUGAUGGAUUUGAUGUUUCACUUACUUAUCUGAAGACUGUGUUCUCUCAACUGGGCCCAUUUGAUGGGGUCUUGGGAUUCUCACAAGGAGCAGCAAUUGCUGCCUUACUCUGUAUGGAGCGUGGAAGAAAGGAUGCUGAAAUAGAUUUCAGAUUCGUUAUUUUAUGCUCUGGGUUUGCUCCGAAUUUGUCCAAGGUCAAGCGCGGUUCUAUCAACUGUCCUUCACUUCAUAUUUUUGGCAAUAGUCAGGGUAAAGACAGGCAAAUAGCAUGCCAUGCCAGCAUGGAGCUUGCUGGUUUAUUUGAGGAGGGCUGCUCAGUGAUCAUAGAACAUGAAUCAGGCCACAUAAUUCCUACUCAAUCCCCCUACAUUGAUGAAAUUAAGUCUUUUCUCCUGCGUUUCCUCUGAAAUCCUUUUGUAUGGGUAUUGCAUUUGAUAUUCUGGAAACACUUCAUAUGCUAGGGACCAUACUUACAUUUAUUCCUUUUGCGGCAUCUGAUGUAAAGCCCUUACAGGUUUAUGCAGCUAACUCUGUUUUAACAAACAGGUAACAGUGCGCCAGGGUAUGAUAUGCAACAGAUUACCCAUUAGGCCUUCCUCUUAAGCUUCUGUCUUACUCGGGUUUUAUAUUAUUGAUCUAUUCACUAUUUUCUUUC